GGGGUUUAUUGGUCAGAGCGUGUAGUGACAUCAGUUUUUCUCUAUGUCCAAUUUUGUCGUAUUCAAAAUGGUGGAGCAAUAACAAACGCAUUGUAAAUUUCUACGUAUCAGCAUGGCAGACAAAAAUGGCAAGAAAGGGAAACCUGUAGGCGUGAAGAGAACAUUGACCAAGAGAGAACAAGAAGAUCUGAAGAAAAAGGAAGAAGAAAAAGCAGCUGAAGUUUUUGAAGAGUUUUUAGCUUGUUUUGACAGUAACGACAAAAGUGGAGUGAAGACUUUUGUCCGUGGGGGUAUCGUCAAUGCAACUAAAGAAGAGGAGGCAGUAGAGGUUAAAAAGAGCAAGCUUUACCGACCAAUCACCAAGUUUACUUCAGUGUCCCAGAACGUCUCACCGGCACACUCUUCUGAAAUCAGAAGGCCUGUGAGUAUCCAUGUGAAUCACUUACUGUGUAUACAGAAUGAUACAUUAUUUUGUCCCCUUAUAUGGUUGUCUGGUCCACAGAUUGUUAAAAAGAAGACGGAAGAGAAGAAGAAGAGCAACCUUGAACUUUUUAAAGAGGAGCUAAAGCAAAUACAGGAGGAGCGUGAAGAAAGGUACAAAAGAAAGACAAAUGAGCCUGGGGGAGGAUAUGGAGAACUGGACAUACCACUAACGCGACGAUCAACUUUUACAUGUUUAGCUACAUAUGAACGUCUCCCUCCAGUAUUUGAUGAUGACCCAGCCAUACCGAACACAACCAACCUGUACAUUGGCUGCAUUAGCCCCAAGAUGAAUGAAGAAAUGCUUUGCAAAGAGUUUGGCAAGUAUGGUCCCCUGGCGAGUGUGAAGAUCAUGUGGCCCCGUAGUGAUGAGGAACGCACAAGGGUCACAAAUAGAGGCUUUGUGGCCUUCAUGACCAGGAAAGAUGCAGACAGGGCCUUGGCUGCUCUAGACGGUAAAACGGUUAUGGGUUUUGAAAUGAAGCUGGGAUGGGGGAAAGCUGUUCGCAUCCCUCCCCAGCCACUCUAUACACCCAUAGGGGUACUUAAAAUGUCCACACCCCCACCCCCCUCCGGCCUGCCCUUCAACGCUCAGCCCAGAGACCGCUUCCGCAAUGACUUUACCAAGCCAUGGGGCAGGUCCAAGGAGGAGUUGGACAAGACUCUGUCCGAAGCUGUAGUCAAAGUGGUUAUCCCAACAGAAAGGAAUCUGUUAGGCCUCAUCCACAGGAUGAUAGAGUUUGUGGUGCGUGAGGGACCCAUGUUUGAAGCCAUCAUUAUGAGCAAAGAGAAGAACAACCCUGACUUGAGGUUUCUCUUUGACAACAAAAGCCAAGAGCAUGUGUACUACCGCUGGAAACUCUACUCCAUUCUCCAGGGCGAGCCCCCCAGUGAGUGGAGGACUGCAGACUUCCGGAUGUUCCGUGGGGGCUCCAUCUGGAGGCCGCCCCUCCUAAACCCCUACCUUCAUGGAGAUGAGGAGGUGGGAGAGGAAGAGGAGUCUCCCUCCCUGGAGGAGGAGCUGCUGAAAAAGGGCCAGCUGAAGACAGAGCACAGGGAGAGACUAGAGAUGCUGCUGAGAGGACUCACCCCUCGUAGGGAGGACAUUGGUGAUGCUAUGCUGUUCUGUCUGGAGAGAGCCGAGGCAGCGGAGGAGGUGGUGGGGUCCAUCGCAGAGUCCCUGUCCCUCCUUCAGACACCACUGCAGAAAAAGAUUGCCAGACUGUACCUUGUAUCCGACAUCUUGUACAACUCCUGUGCCAAAGUUGCCAAUGCAUCUUAUUAUCGCAAAUAUUUUGAAGCAAAAUUGCCCCAGAUAUUUGGUGACAUUAGUGAUGCAUAUCGAAACAUACAAGCAAGACUACAAGCUGAACAGUUCAAGCAAAAGAUAAUGGGCUGUUUCAGGGCCUGGGAAGACUGGGCCGUAUACCCAGAGUCUUACCUGAUCCAGCUACAGAACAUCUUCCUAGGUCUGAUCAAGGCAGGAGAGGAGGUGAUUGAGAGGGUAGAGGUGUCGUCUCCAGACCUGGAUGGAGCACCGUUGGACGGGGCGCUGUUAGACGGAGCUCCGCUGGAGAACCUCGACGGCUCGCCCCUGGCCUGGGACCCUGCCUCCCUGGAUGGGGUGCCUGUUGAUGACAUCGACGGGGUUCCCCUGUGUGCACCCAUGGAGGACAUUGACGGAAUGCCUUUGGAUGAGCUGGCCCACUCAAGAGUGGCUCUAUCUAAAUGGGAGAGGGUGGACGAUGCUGACGCUCUCCCACAAGCUAACACUGAAUCCAAAUGGGACACUUUGGGAGAGCAAGAUUUGGGGGAUGACCUGAAUGUCAGUGCUAACAUUAAGGGAGGAGAUGGGAAGUCCGAGGAUGACAGCAGCGAUGAUGACAGCCCCUCGAAGUAUGACAAUGCUGACUUCAAGAGCUCCCUCAGCAGUUUUGAGAUGUCCGAAAGCAAGAGGAGCCGGCUGAGAGAGCUGGAGGUGAAGGUGAUGAAGUUCCAGGAUGAGCUGGAGUCUGGGAAGAAGCCCAGGAAGUCGGGGUUAAACAUGCAGAAACAGGUGGCACACUACAGGAACAAGCUAUUGCAAAAGGAGUUUGAUAAGGAUGACAAGGAGAAGAGAGAGAGAUCCAUUCCGAAAUCAAAAGAGCGAUCAAAGAAGGAUGAGCGGAGAGACAAGGCGGAGGAGACCAGUAAAGGACGGGACAAGGAGAAGAGUAAAAGGAGUCAAGACCGGGACAGGGGACGGAGUAGAGACACAGAGGAGCGGACACAGAAACACAGAGGACAUUCUCCCGCAAAAAUCAAGUCAAAGUCUCCCAAGAAGUCCAAGCGGUCGCGGUCGCCCUCGCCAGUCAGGAAGACGUGGAGGAGGUCUAGCUCCCGGUCGCCCUCGCCGGUCAGGAAGACGUGGAGGAGGUCUAGCUCCCGGUCGCCACACCGCUCCCACAAAAAGACUAAGAAGAGCAAACACUGAUCCUGAGGCCUAUGCCUCUCCCCCUGAAGCAGCUAGGCGGCUUUCAUGGACUGCCCUGCUCUGCCAGUGCUGACCAUGCCACGGCACCACACGCUUCUUUCCCACAAUGCCUCUGAACUGCCUCUGCAGUGAAAAUUUGGCCAUUUUUUUGUAAGAUGAACAUUGUUUGUACAGUUCUGUUUUCCCAUCAGGUUGUUUUUAAACCCCAUUCAGAUUGCGACUAGUUCCUGAGACAAUAAAUCACUCUUGGCAAUGUG